AUGUCCAAAACAGCGAAUCCACAAAAAGCUGAAGGCGUUCUCAUUGAAAACACCGAAAUAGGAGUAGUUGUCAGACAGGAAAUAGUGAGUAUGAUUCCUCCGUUACUUGCAAAUAUAAAAGAUAAUUACCGAAUCCUCGAUCUUUGUGCCGCUCCUGGGAGUAAAACAUCGGAGAUCUUAGACUUAAUGCAAGCUCAGAAUACAAUUAACUCAUUACCAAGAGGCUGCUUGGUUGCAAAUGACGUUAAUGAAAAGAGAUGCGGGACUUUGAACCAUCAAAUGGCGCGUUUUGCUCAUCCAGGCUUUGCUGUAACUUGUUGCGAUGGAUCUAUGUUGCCAGAAAAGUUGAAAUACGACUUAGUAUUUGCUGAUGUACCUUGCUCAGGAGACGGAACUAUUCGAAAAGCCUUCGAUAUUUGGAAACGUUGGUCAUACAAUGACGGUGUUCAACUUCACAGACUUCAAAUCAAACUGCUUAAAAAAAGCUUGCUCUUAUUAAAACAAUCCGGUCACUUAGUAUAUUCAACUUGCAGUCUAAAUCCGCUCGAAAAUGAAGCUGUUGUAGCAAGUAUUUUAUAUGAAUAUCCAGAAAAGUUUGAACUUGUUCCUGUAAAACCGCCCCUAGGCCUUAUCAAAAAUGAUGGACUUACUUCUUGGUCAGUUCCAAUACGACGUAAAGAUAAUUCAAAUUAUCUAGAUAAGUCUUCAAAGACUGAGAUAGCAUCAACUGAUUCGGCACAAUCAUCAAUUGAACAACCACAAAUGUCACCGGCCAUAAAAUUACUUGAAUCGUUAAUUAAUUAA